AAAACACAAUUAGUAUCAGUUUUGUAGCAAGACCCCAACGAAGUGAACUAACGGUUUUUUAUCGCAGAACAUUCGAGUUGUUGUGAAAUAGCCAAAUAGGAACAAUGCAGAAGGCUACCACGGUGUUGUUGGCCGCGCUCUCGGUGCUGACAUUAUUUGCCACCAGCGCACAAGGCAAGGAUUGGUGGGAGAACGGUAAUUUCUAUCAAAUCUAUCCGCGUUCGUUUCGCGACAGUGAUGGCGACGGUAUUGGUGAUCUGAAUGGUGUCGCUGAGAAAUUGCAGUAUUUGAAGGAUGUUGGUUUCACGGCGGCUUGGCUGUCGCCUAUCUUCAAAUCACCAAUGGCUGAUUUCGGUUAUGAUAUCUCCGAUUUCUACCAAAUUCAUCCGGAAUAUGGUACUAUGGAAGAUUUCGAGAAUAUGAUCAAGAAAGCCAAAGAGGUGGGCAUCAAAAUCAUUCUUGACUUCGUGCCAAAUCACUCCAGCGAUGAGAAUGAAUGGUUCAUCAAGUCGGUGGAUGGCGAUCCAGCAUAUGCUGACUACUAUAUUUGGCAUAACGGUAUUGUAAAUGAAACCACCGGCGAACGUCAGCCGCCCAGCAACUGGGUGAGCGUUUUUCGUUACUCGGCUUGGGAAUGGAAUGAAGUGCGUCAACAAUACUACUUGCAUCAAUUCGUUACAAAACAGCCUGAUCUCAACUACCGCAAUCCAGCUGUUGUGAAUGAAAUGAAAAAUGUUAUGCGCUUCUGGUUGGGUAAAGGUAUUGCCGGUUUCCGCAUUGACGCCGUACCUUAUCUAUUCGAAAAAGAUUUGGACCGUUAUAAUAACUACCCAGACGAACCUCUCAUCGAUGAUGUCAGCACUUGUCCCGAUCCAGACGACAGUUGCCACUUGAAGCACAUCUACACACAAGAUCAACCCGAAACCCUCGAUAUGGUCUACCAAUGGCGUGCGCUGGCCGAUGAGUUCAAGAAAGAGCACGGCGGUGACACACGCAUAUUGAUGACGGAAGCCUACACCAGCUUCGACAACAUGAUUCUUUACUAUGGCAAUGGUGUACGAAAUGGCUCGCAAAUUCCUUUCAAUUUCGAUUUCUUAACCAAUCUCCAGAACGACACCAAGGCACCGGCUGUGGUGGAGCAUAUCAACAAGUGGCUGAAUGCAAUGCCUGAGGGUGUGCUUGCCAACUGGGUGUUGGGCAACCACGACAACAAGCGUUUGGCCUCACGUUACGGCAUACAGCGUGCAGAUCUCUUCAACAUCCUGCUCCAAACAUUGCCCGGCAACGCGGUGACCUACAAUGGCGAAGAAAUUGCUAUGACUGAUGUCUAUAUUAGUUGGGAGGAUUCCGUCGAUCCACAGGCCUGCAAUUCCGAUCCUGUUCGUUACUAUGACUUAUCUCGCGAUCCUGCACGUACACCCUAUCAGUGGGAUGCAUCACCUAAUGCCGGUUUCACCGCUGGUGACCACACUUGGCUUCCGGUGUCCGACGAUUACAAGCAAAACAACGCUUUGGCUCAAUUACGCGCCCCACAGUCACAUUUGCAGAUCUUCAAGAAGCUGAUACGCCUACGCAAGGAACCCUCAUUCGUGGAUGGCGAUCUAAACAUUAAGGCGCUCGAUGACGACAUCAUUAUCUACUCACGUCAAAAGACUGGCAGCGAUCUCUAUGUGAUCGUGCUGAACUUGGGCAGUUCUAAUAAGACUUUGAACCUCAACUCUAACUACUCGUUGGGUACCAAAGCCGAGGUGAUUACCACCUCCUUACAUUCACAAUACGUCGAUGGACAAAUUAUUGAUCCCACACAAUUCAAUGCAGAGCCCUACGUGGGCACUGUUCUAGUGGCAGCUUAAUGAAUUACUCAGUCAUAAUACCAUAUUUUAUAGGUUAAGCAACGAAAAACCACUCAGUAUGCACGAACAUCAAACAAACUAAUUUAAGAUCUAUCGUAUAUUCAUAUUUAUAUUUACUUAGCAAUAUUUUGAAAUAAACAAAUGCAACCAACGUAAAAACA